AAUAAUGUUAAGGAGCGUAAUCUUUUGAUUGGGUAUGCAGAUAGCUGUCGUAUUGUGACUUAAGAGACAUUUGGAGUCUGAAUCUGCAAAGUGACUCUGGUGAUUAAAUGAACUUACAACUAAAUGGUGUGUAUAUGACCUUUCUUACCCACGACAAGGUGCAUGAUGAGCUCUGAGUUAUAAUGCAAAUCCUUGAAAUCUUGAUUAUAGCAUGGCAUGCCCUAAUCAGACUUCUAUUGAAGAUACACAGAAUAAAACCUAAUGCGAGGCUAAUACUAUGACCAUCUUUCGAGUCAGAAUGAGGCUCUUUAGACCUCAGAGCUACGACUUCUAGGUCGAUGUUGGAAAGGAUAUUUCCUAUAAAGAAUGUUGUCUGAUCUUAUAACAUCUCUACUCUUUCUGAAAAUACUACUUUCUUGAAGAUCAUUCCUAAGAAAAUAGAGUAUGCAGAGGUUGAAGUGUACAGUGCUAAAAAGAACCAGUCGUUUGAGUAUGAAUUGAAGAAAAGAAACCUCAGCCCAGGUGAAGAAUUUGAGAUAGCCUUCAGUGACUGAAAUCCCAUAUCCUCAUCUUUUCGCCCCUGUUUGUACAUCCUUGUUCUUCCCCUUGAGACCUCUUCUGUGGUAGAACUAGAGUACGUAGAAGUUGACAGAUCUGCAAGUACCGAAAAUGAGAAGAAUUAUAAUGAGAUAGUUGUAUAUGCAGUUGUGUUUGUUGGUGCAGUCUUGGCCACUUUCUGAGGAGUUGUUUUGAUUUAUGUGUGAUAUAAAAUUAUGUGAGGAAGAGGUGAAGUAGAAGUGGAGGAGACUGAAGAUUUUGUGAGGAAGAAAAUUGAGCAAGAUCAGAGGAGUGUUGAGCGGAUACAUCAGGAUUCUAAUGCUCAGCAGAUUUAUCAUAAUCCUAAUGUACGGAGUCAGGCUUAUAUGAUAGGUAGGUGUUGUUCAAUCUUUAGCUCAGAAGGGAUCAAAAGUAACUCCAAUUGUUGAUAUUAGAAGUAAUUCAGUUAAAACAUAAUUAUUUAUAAUUUAAACU